GUUAACCAUCGCUCAAGGAGAGCGGCCGGAACUCCAGACCCGGAACUUACAGACGAAGGUUGAGGGUCAGCUUGGGGUCGGAGAGGGGCAAGCGUCGAGUUUCCGCGCGGCUGAAGAGUGCGGGCGCACGCGCUCUGGGAGGAGCCCUGGGGAAAUAUAUUAAUCUUUAAAAGGAAAUUUAAAUGUCUUCAGAAGACAAAGAAGCUCAAGAGGAUGAGCUUCUUGCUUUGGCAAGUAUUUAUGAUGAAAAUGAGUUCAAGAGAGCAGAGAUUGUACAGGGGGGAGAAAUGAGAGUCUCUGUGGACCUUCCACAAAACUUUGAUAUAUUUAUGACUGGCAGUCCUUUAGAGAAUCUUCAGAACGGCAAAUUCGAAUGCACAGUUUGCUUCUUACCUCCAAUUGUUCUGAAUUUUGAAUUCCCAGUAGGGUAUCCAUCAACCUCCCCACCCGUAUUCACUCUCAGUAGCAAAUGGCUCUCCCGAGCACAGCUCACCGCACUUUGCAAGCACUUAGACAAUUUAUGGGAAGAAAACCAAGGUUGUGUGGUCUUGUUUGCUUGGAUGCAGUUUCUCAAGGAAGAAACACUUGGGUAUCUGAACAUUACCUCCCCAUAUGAGCCAAAGAUUUGCAGCCAAGAACAAAAGCAAAACAGAACACAUGAAGAAGCUUGCUGUGCCAUAGCAAGUGCUGCAGCAGCACAGGAAGAAACCCUUGAUCCAAGAGCUAUACAAGAUGUUGAGUCUCAGUCCAGCCUGAUUAGAGAAAUACUAGACUUUGAUCAGGUCCAAAGAGAAAAGUGCUUUAAUAGUAAGAUGUACUUAUGCGAUAUAUGCUUUUCCGAAAAGCUGGGAAGCGAAUGUAUGCACUUCAUGGACUGCAGCCAUGUGUAUUGCAAAGCCUGUCUAAAGGACUACUUUGAAAUUCGGAUCAGAGAUGGGGAGGUCCAUUGCCUGAGUUGUCCAGGAUCAGAAUGUUCUUCUGUUGCUACUCCAGGGCAGGUGAAAGAGCUGGUUGGAGAGCAGCUAUUUGCACGUUAUGAUCGUCUGCUGCUUCAGUCCAGCUUGGAUUUGAUGGCAGAUGUGGUGAACUGCCCACGUCCCUGUUGCCAAACACCGGUGAUGCAGGAACCAUGCUGUAGCAUGGCCAUCUGUUCCAGGUGCAAUUAUGCCUUCUGCAUCCUGUGUAAGAGGAGUUAUCAUGGUGUCUCUCCAUGUAAAGUCAGUAUAGAGAAAUUAAUAGAUUUGGAGAAUGAUUACCUUGAAGCGGAUGAGGAUACAAGGAAGUUUUUAGAGCAACGCUAUGGGCAAAGGGUGAUUCAAAAGGCACUGGAGGAAAAGGGAAGCAGAGAAUGGCUGGAAAGGAAUUCCAAAGCAUGUCCCUCCUGUGGCACUCCUAUACAGAAGUUAGAUGGCUGUAACAAAAUGACAUGCACUGGCUGCAUGCGGUACUUCUGUUGGCUUUGUAUGAGAUUGCUGUCAAAGGAAAAUCCAUAUGGACACUUUAAUGAUCCAGCCUCCCCAUGUUUUGACCGGUUAUUUCAGGUUCUGCAAGAUGAUGCUGACUUCCAGGAUGAGGACUAACCCUCACCCCAGUGUCAAAAGCUGAAAAAAGCAACAUUGAGGCAGUUGCCAUAUAUGCUCUGUGCCUGAUUCCCACGCCAUCCUGCCGUUACUGGAAUUAUAAGAGGGCAAAGGAAAAGCUGCAGAAUGCUUACAAAGCUGCUUUGGUGAUACCAAAAGCCUUGAUUCCCAUAGAUUUUUUUAAAUUUUAAAAUAAUAUAGAGAACUGAAAAUCAAGCAAAACUCUAAAUUAGAUACUUUGCAGUUUGUUCUUUUUUUGUAAUUGGUCCUUUACCGCUAAAACAGACUCAGCAGUCAGCUGAGAAUGUAAGCAUCAUUUGCUUGUUCUUUAUAAUUGUACAAAUGUGAAAUUCCUAAAUGUUCCCCCUUGCAAAACAAACAAACAAAACAAAACAAAAAACAAGUUUCUGGGUAGGGCCUGGUCCAGUGGGAGAAUGGAGAUGCCACCCCAGUUUUAUCAUGUUUGUGUUUUGGUCAGAGGAGAGGGGAUUUGUGUGCCUAUAUCUCUUAGAAGGAACCCAUUCCUGCAGGUAUUAAUGCAGCAGAUGUUCCAGUUCUGGAAUCUGUGUCUUCAUUCUUGUCCCGAUAUAUGCUGUAUCUCUAGAACGACCCUACAAAAAAUAGCAAUUUAUAUGAAAUAUCCUAAUGUGGACUCAUCUUUCUUGUGCUUCUACCCCAGCUGUAUUUAUGCCUCAGCUUUGAUUUUUUUAAAAAAUCCCAUGAUGAAUGUAGACAGCCAUAUAACAGACUGGUAACUUACCACAGCCAGGAGAAGAGCCAGGGGAAGAGUUCAUACCUUGCACCAGCACAGGGUUCUGGGGGGAGUACGAUGGUAACAUUCUCCUGACCAAUUGCCUGGACACGAUGACAGUGUGCAUCUAUCCACUUGGUAACUUACUACUAUAAAUGUGUAAGAUGAAAGUUAAUUGGAAUGCCUUUGAUAAUGGGGUCUGAGUAAUAUAUUUUGGUUGUUCUAUAAAUUUGGCUAUUGCAUUUCAAGUAAAUACUGACAUUUGAUAAUGUAAAGCCUACACAAUAAUGGUUGCUGCUGAAGAAGUCACUAUAGAUGGUUCCAUAGAGACAUAUGAAGUAGAAAGCCUGUUGUCUUUUCUACGAUGAUGAUGUAUAUUGUAUCAUAACUUCUGUUAGUGUAAGGAACCACCUCUUACGGCUUUUUUAGGAGCUGGUUGUAAAACAUGCUGAUUUGCUAACCCAAAAUUUUAAAAACACUUUUUUAAAUUUUACAAAUCAAGCACUGAAUCGCAAUAUUCUUUAAAGAGAUUUUUUUAUAAACUUCAACACAUAAGGAUAACAAGAGAAUUUGGUUCAGAGGCUCAAACUAUGUAUGAAAUUUGGCAUGUCAUGUUCUAUUAUGUAUGUUAAUUCUAACACAGCAGUAGAGGAUGUUUCCCUACCACCUUCCCUAGUGGCUGCAGAUGCCAUUCUCCUCUUACACAGAAGGAAGACUAGGAAGUCUUUGUGCCUGUUGCCUAGUUGGUGUUCAGGCUUACUCAAGCCCAUCUACUACCUUCUAGUUGAUACAGAUUAGGGACUGCCAAAGAAGUCAAGUCCAUUAUUAAUAAACCCCUUCCUGCAUUGUGUUGUAAUGACUCACCUUCUUUGAUCUGCGUUACCAACAGCUGUAACAUUCAGAUAAUAAAGUGAUUCAGAAAUGAGACCAGUAAUCCUUCCCUCAUGCAUUUCCAAUCUACGUAAGCUUGUAUGAGCCUUAGUAGGAGAAGGAAGUGGCAUACCCCCCAUUCCUUCUGUGAGCAGCCUGAGAGAGUAAGGGCAUGCAUAGACCUUAAAGAUACCUAGCUAGUGUUCCCCAUGAUUUGGAAAAAUUUAACAACAAACUGAUUAUUUUGGAAAACGUGUAUCUUUUUAGUUUAGAAAAAUCACAUUAGUAGCAAAGUACCACAUAAUUUGACACUGAGUUUUUGUGAAUCAAACAAAUAAAUUCAUUUCUUUUAAAUCUCUUCCGAGUACAUGCCACAAUCUGUUACAAAGAAUAGACACAUUUCUGUUGUUCAUUUGGUCUUGCUUAUUAAAACAUGGGCCCUUCCUCUUGGAGCUUAUUGCAUCCCUUGCUAGCUACUGCCUCCACCUGGUUUAGGUCCCAAUUCAAUUUUUCCCCCAACACGUUAUGUUCUUGUAGACUUGUAACAAGUGGUGGUGAAAAUCUCCAACACAUGGUUCUCCUUCCAGAGUCUUAAGAGAUUUAGUCACUGUAUGGUUUCUUGGACUGGCUUCUUUCUGCUUCCGUUUCUUUCAUACUGUAUAAGGGAUCCACUAACUUGUUGUGGACUAGCAUCAAACCUGUCACCAUGGAAAGCAUUAAGUAAAAUAAAGUUUGUAAAGCAAAA